AUGUCGACGAGCCAUGAAGGUCUUGCCGCGCCGCCAGCUGGGCUCGGCCUGCUGGUGCUUGUCGCAUCAGUCGCUGUUCGCGCGGCGGCGCUCGAGCGCGUCGAUGCCGCGUACAUGCUGUGGUGCGGUCUCUUGCAGGACUGGAAAGCGUCGGUGGGCUGGUCACUAGCUCUGUGGGCCUUGCCGUUAGCAUUGCUUCGCGAGGCAGCCACAGCCGCUGCUCUCGUUCAUCUGGUCAUCGACUUUGGCCUCCAAGCGACGGCCGGCAUCCGGAUGCACUCUGACGCGUGGGCGCUCGUCGUCGACCACCUGAUCUCGGUCAGCAAGUGGCAGACGCUGCUGAAGAACGGAGCCAUGGUGCCCGCCGCCGCGUGGGUCGGGCUGCUGUGCCUCAUCCCGCUUGGCGUGUGCCUGCGCCUCGAGCGGUUCUGGCGGCCGCGCGUCACACUGCGCGGCGGUCUCGCCGUUGCCACCGCCACCGCCUUGGCCCUCGCCGCCGACCCGCCGUGCUGCCGCGACGGGUGCUCCGCCGAGCUGGAGCUAGCGCAGGCGCCAAACGGGCUCGCCGUCCUCCUCGACGACGCUUGGGCGGCGAUCGGCCCGCAUGCAGCGAGCGCCGCCGCCUCGCCGCCCCGUGACUCGGGCGCCGCAUCUCUCAACUCGACCCUGAGCACGCAGCGCACGGCGCACCGCCGCCGCCGCCGCGGCGGCGGCGGCGGCGGCGGCAACACGAGCCGAAACGUUGUGCUGAUCACUCUUGAGUCGGUCGGAGCAGUGCACGCCGGUCUGGUCGGCCCGGGCUUGCGCCGCACGACGAUGCCGUUCCUGCACUCGCUGACGCGGCGGAGGAGGCCGCGCGUCGCGUCUGUGGUGGAGGACGUGUACGCGAGCGAGCCGAACACGCUCCACGCCUUUUACGCGUCGCAUUGCGGCCUGCGGCCGUACCUCGGCGUGCGGCGCGCGGAGUACGAAGUGGCUCGCUACCACAACGCGUGCUUGCCGACGCUGCUGCGGCGGGGCGGCAUCCACUCGGCGCUCUACUCGACGUCUCGCCUCUCGUUCCAGCGCGACCUCGGCUUCGACUCGGUCUGGUCGUCGAUGCUGACUGACGAGGCGAGCAGCCGCCCCACCUACAACUUCCUCGGCCACGACGACUUUUCGGGCUUGCACGCCAUCGAGACCUUCGUGCGCACGGUCGGCGCGCAGCAGCGCUUCUUCCUCUCCCUCCUCACGCUCAACACCCACUCGCCGUACACGCCGUCGGACCAUCCGGCUGGCACCAAGCUGCUCUGGGGCUGCGACCGGCUCUGGCAGCGCGGCGGCCGCCUCGGCAACGACACGAACUUUAGCGUGCCGCUGCCUCGGCCCACAAACUACAGCGAGCGGGCGCUACGCGCCGCGACCGGCUCAAUAGAGGGCGCGCGCGAGGCAGACCCGCCGAGCCGAUCGGACAAGGUCAAGGCGGCGAUGGAAAGGGACGCCUCCGCGUACGCGCGCGAGCUGCGGUGCGCCGACUCGUACUUGCAGGCGGUGUGGCAGAUCCUGGAGCGCGCGGGCUUGCUCGAGGACACGACGGUGCUAAUCAGCGCCGACCACGGCGAGGGCUUCAUGCAGAGCCACCACUCCGACGCGGGGCACGGCGGCGCGGUCUACGACACGCAGGUGCGCAUCCCGCUCGUCAUCGCCGGCGCCGGCGCCGACGCGCUGCCUGCGAGGGUGGGCGGCGUUUGGAGCGAAACCGCCAUCGCGCCGACCGUGCUCGAGAUGAUGGGAAUGCCGCCCCACCCCCUCGCCGGCUCCGCCGCACUCCAGAGUAUCAUCGACCUGGAGGGAGGAGGCGACGGGGACGAGGAGCUCGAGCAGUCGGAUCUGCUCGGGGCAAGUCUCGUCUCGCGCUGGCGCGAUCCGCCCUCGCGCGCAUACAUGAGCUGCGCCUUUGAGAGCUCCUGCGUCGGGCUGCGGCGGCCGCUCACCAAGUACGUGUGGCGCGGCUCAGGGCGGGGCGACGGGGCGGGCGGCCACCUCGAGGUCUUCUACAGGGGCGACACAUACGAGGAGAUAGACUUGGCCUCCCAGCUGGACGCCGCCGAGCGGCGCGAGGUGGUGAGCAGCAUGCUGCGCUGGGCGCGCGCGGUGAACGCGCUGCAUGAGGGGCCGAGGGUGGAGAAUCACGUCUGCCCGUUCGACUCGCCCUUCCGGUUUAUCUUCCUCUUCACGCACUACACGCACUGCUGCCCCGUCAAGCCGACGAGCGUCCAGUACGACAUGUACCGCAGAAGGCGGGGCAGGCAGGAGAGGCCAGCGAGUCGCACCUCCCCUCCCUCGGGCGGGGCCGCUCCGGGCCCGCAGCACCAAAGCGCAGAUAUCUGCCCAAGCGCGGAGACGAGCGGUCCCACGUUCCCGACGACGCAGCAGGCGGCGAUCAAGGAGACGACGGCGGCCUUGAACGCGUCGGCGGCGGCCGUGCCCGGAGAACUGGGGGAGCGGAUGGCGCUGAUGCAGUACCUGAAGGGGCACCCGGACAGCCUCCUGCAGGCGGCGAUAGAGCAGCACGUACAGACGGGGAUGGGGAUUAAGUCCGCCCUCACCGCUGGCAUCGAGGACUACCGCAGAAUGAAUCUCUCCAUCAGAGAGCGGGGCUUAUAA